AUGAUCUGCCCAAAGUGCAACGAUGUUGUUGAGGAUUUUGUGUUGUGCAAUAAGUGCGGUGGACAGUACCACUAUGUUUGUGCCGGGGUUUCGGAGCUUAGCUACAGAAAAAUGGGAGUGGAAAAAAAAGCCGGCUGGCGGUGCAUUACUUGCCGUUCACCUCAACUCACGGAGACACAUCCCUCUUUGUCAGACGUGUUAAAAGAGAUAAAAAGUUUUCGUAACGAUUUUAGCACGAUGAAGGUAGAAUUUACUAACAUAAAAUCUGAUAUUCAAUGCACCAUGCAACAUAUAAAAGAAUUGAGCAGCAAACUUGACACAAUGGAAGGUCGAUUUAUUGAAUUCGAUCGUAGAUUGACCUCUUCAGAGCAAAAACUAUCUACGUUAUCCAUUGUGCAAAAAGACUUAUUAUCGACACAAAAAACUAUAGCUGAAUUAAAAGCGCAAAAUAAUUCACACGAUCAAUAUUCGCGACAGAACAACAUAGAAAUUUCCGGUAUACCGACAAAGAAAGGUGAAAACGUCUAUACAAUAUUAAAUGACUUAUGCGCAACUGUGGGUUUUCAACUGAGCGAUCAUGAUAUCGAUUCUAUACAUCGAGUUCGUCCAUACCCAUCGAGUAGGACGGAAAGCAACAAUGAACCUACUCGGCCGGCGUCUAUUAUAGUGCGGUUUUGCCAGCGGCGGCGCAAGGAUCAGCUGAUCGCAGCCGUGCGCGCGCGCCGCGGCCUCACCACCGCACACAUCGGACUGCCCGGCCCGGCGAGCACCGUGUACAUUGGUGAUCACCUCACUCCAACGAACAAACUACUACUAAAGCGAGCACGCGAACUUAAACUCGAAAAAAACUAUUCAUACUUGUGGGUUAAAGACAGCAAGAUACUUAUUCGUAAAAAUGAUAAUUCUAAUAUCAUACGUAUUUCGUGCGAGAGUGACCUACUUAAAAUUAAA